AUGGAAGAGAUCGCCGAAGCAGCCGCAACAGGCAGCGGUCCAAGCGCAGAGCCAUCUCAGCAGCGAAUCAAGCGCUACAGACGCAAUGAAGAUGAAAAUGAUGAGGACAAAAGCGCCGGGCUGUUUGCAGCGGCAGCGGUUGAUGAGGAUGUCGAUGAUGGUUUCGAGGAGUACGUGCCCGUCAAGAAGCGGCGAGCGAUGGAGGAGGCCAAGCUGCGGCAGCUGAGAGGGGGUACCGCUCGCACAGACGUGCUGUCUGGCGACGACGAGGGUGGUGAUGGCAGCCGACCGCUGAGUGCUGCAGCGCAGCGCGCGAGAGAGAGCCUGCUGGUUUCAACAGCGCGCGCGCGCGCAGCCGCACCCGAGAAGACCGAGGAGGAGAAGGUGAUUGCUGAGGAGCAGGACAUAAUGCGGAACCUGAUGCAGAAGCAGGCGCUCAAGGCAGUACAGGAGCUGGCGCAGGGCGUCACCUACACCAAGAGCAUGCAAACAGGCUGGAAGGCGCCGCUCGGGGCCCGGCGCAUGAGCCACAGGCGGCAGCAGCAAAUUCGCGACACGUUUCAUAUCGCCGUUGACGGCCACAACGUGCCGCCUCCCCUGACGAGCUUCAAGGACAUGAAGCUGCCGCCUCCGAUCCUGCACCACCUGGAGACCAAGGGCAUUAAGAAGCCCACACCAAUCCAGAUACAGGCCAUGCCCGCAGCCCUGUCCGGUCGCGACAUCAUCGGCAUCGCCUUCACGGGGUCGGGCAAGACGCUUGUGUUCAGCGUUCCCAUGCUGAUGAUCGCGCUGCAAGAGGAGAUGAGGCUGCCGCUGGUGCAGGGGGAGGGCCCUGUGGGGCUGAUCAUCUGCCCGAGCCGCGAGCUGGCGAGCCAGACGCACGAGAUCAUCGUCAACUACACCACCGUGCUGGCCCAGGGCGGCUUCCCUGAGCUUCGUACCAUGCUGUGCAUUGGUGGCAUCGACAUGCGGCAGCAGACGGACAUCCUCAAGCGCGGGGUGCACAUGGUGGUGGCCACACCGGGGCGCCUCAAGGACUUCCUGCACAAGAAGAGGAUGAACCUGGACAUCUGCAGGUACCUGUGCCUUGAUGAGGCGGACAGGAUGGUGGAUCUCGGCUUUGAGGAGGAGAUGCGAGACAUCCUGUCAUUCUUCAAGUACCAGCGCCAGACGCUGAUGUUCAGCGCCACCAUGCCUCAGAAGAUCAAAUCCUUUGCAGAGAGCGCCCUGGUGGACCCCAUUGAGGUCAACGUCGGCCGCGCGGGUGCGACUAACUUGGACAUCAUCCAGGAGGUGGAGUAUGUGAAGGAGGAGGACAAGCUGGAGUACCUGCUGGACUGCCUGCAAAAGACUGCUCCACCUGUCCUCAUUUUUGCGGAAAACAAGAAAGACGUGGACGCUAUACACGAGUUCCUGCUUCUGCAGGGUGUCGACGUGGUGGCAGUGCAUGGUGACAAGGACCAGGAGGAGCGUCUGGCAGCGAUCAGCGGCUUCAAAGGCGGCCAGAAGGACGUGCUGGUGGCUACUGACGUCGCAUCCAAGGGGCUGGACUUCCCUGGUGUGCAGCAUGUCAUCAAUUACGACAUGCCAGACGAGAUUGAAAACUACGUGCACAGGAUCGGGCGCACAGGGCGCAGCGGCAAGACAGGAGUGGCCACCACAUUUGUCAACACGCGCCAGUGUGAGGAGUCAAUCCUGCUGGACCUGAAGCACCUGCUCCGGGAAGCCAAGCAGCGUGUGCCGCAGUUCCUGCUGGCACUUGAUGACCCAAUGGAGGAGAUGGAGAAGCUGGCCGCUGCUGCUGGCAAUGUCAAGGGCUGCGCGUAUUGUGGCGGCUUGGGCCACCGCAUCGGUGAUUGCCCGAAGCUGCGCGGGGAGGCCAAGGAGCAGUCCAAGACCAAGAAGGAUUACUUCGGCUCUAAUGGGUUUGGAGGAGAGAUGUAG